AAAAAAAAUCCUUUCUUCUUUGGCAAGAAGCACAGCGCUAGUAAACCUUCGCACGCCGCCGGCAUUCCUAAACCCUAGUAAACCUUCGCACGCCGCCGCCGCCGCCUUCUCCUCGCCAUGGCCCUCUUCGCCGCCGCCCGCCGCGCCGCGGCCUCCUCCAUUCCCCUCCUCCGCGCCUCCGGCUCUGGCGGCUCCCGCGGUGCGGCGCUUCUCCGCCCGCUUGCCGCCGCCGCGGCGCGCCCGCAGCCUCGCGCGGUACCGUUCUCGUCGGCGGCGCCCGCGACGAAGCCCAGUUCCGACGCCGAGCUCCUCAGCAUCAUCGACUCCGAGAUCAAGUUCGCCGAGGACUGCGACGACCACGACCGGGUUGAAGCGAUUCCAGACAACUUCCCUUUCAAAAUCAGUGAUGAGAAGGGGAUGAAUGCCAUUACACUGAAAAGAACUUAUCAGGGUGAGCAGAUUGAGGUUCUCGUUCACAUGCCCAGCCUAGUCACUGGAGAUGAGCCUGAUCAUGACCAGGAUGGUGAGGACACGGACAAGGAGGGAGAUGAGAAUAAGGACGAUGAAGGUGAGAAGCCCCCACAAUCGAGCGUUCCUCUCACGGUCACUGUCUCUAAGGGUGACGGACCCACCCUUGAAUUCACCUGCACUGCCUAUCCUGAUGAGGUCAUCAUCGACUCCUUGUCCGUGAGCCAGCUGACAGGGGAUGAGGAAAAAGAUUUGAUUGCAUAUGAGGGUCCUGAUUUCAAUGACCUUGAUGAGAACCUGCAGAGGGCAUUCCACAAGUACCUGGAACUGCGCGGCAUCACACCCAUGACCACAAACUUCUUGCACGAGUACAUGAUCAACAAGGACAGCCGUGAGUACCUCCUCUGGCUGACGAAGCUGAAGGAUUUCUUCAAGCAGUAGAGACGUACUGAUCAAUGUUCGUUGCACACCCCGUUUUGAGAGCUAAGAGCUAUUUUUGUUCCAGACAUGUAUCGAUGACGCAUAUGCUUACCCUAGCGUUUAAGUUCGUUUUCAUGACGAGAAUGUUUUUGGCGGUAUGAUAACGAACUAUGGUUAAGUUGAAGCUUGGAACCAUUGAUAUUGUGGAAAGGCUUUAAAUAGGGAUCUAAAGUGAUAUUGCUCUG